CCGACGGGUGGGUCCAGGGGGAGCGGGACCGCCUAGCCCUAGGUGGCCGGCGGCCCCCGGUGCCCCCCUAGGUAGGGCGUAAAAAAACCGAACCCGGCUCAUUUCGCAAUUAUUUUUCGCGCGGUUCGCUGCCUCGCGGCGCGACGACGCUGCUCAACGACUGCGUUAAGGCUAUGUCCACACGCACAUGAUCUCAGCGACGGAAUUGGCACAGAUAGCUGCCCCUGCGCGUUCCACUGGCUUCAGUACCUUCUCGGGCAGCCUCGGCUCGGCGAAAAUUUUUCGCGGGGAGCCUCCGAGUCACGGGGCGCGUCGAACGGCCGAACUUCAGGCCAGCUUUUCUCGGCCGCAUCACGUGCCCAACUGCCAACACAACGUGCGCUGGAUAGCCCUAUCUAUGGGCUUUCCAGCGCACCAUCCCGUGGCAGUUGGGCACGCAAUGGCGCUCAGGCUGAGCACAGAACGUGUCACGGUUUGGCGCCAGUGGCCACAGCUCUAGGUCUGCACUGCAGAGGCCGGGGUUCCUUCCAUAAGACUACGCACAACAGGAGCGGGAUACGCAGCGUGUGCAUGGCUACGCCGCAUGCGAGACGGGGCGGCUAAGCGUGCGACACCCAUCGAACCAAACUGAGUACAAACACGGGGACCGCUCCGACCGAACCGUUCCUCCUACGCGUAUACGGGGGGUCGAAGGACCGGGCGGCGUGCGGGUUGGGGCGAGCACAGCAGCAGCGACCUGCGCGACUGUUAUUUGUCCCAGUCCGUAGAUUGGUCCUGUCGCAACCCCCUGACGUGACGCACUCGUUGAGUCGACGUUGCGUUGUUCGCGGUUACCCGCGGGAGUCACGCAAAGGGGUCGGUCAGUGGGGAUCGAGAUAUGGACCUACGUACUAGUUCUAGUCUGGGUUUAGAACGUACUGAACGCGCUCGUAGUCUUGGAGGCCCAAGAUGCAAG